AUGGGUAGAAUACAGAAAAGAGGUGUCUCUGGUAAUGCUAAGAACUUCAUUACCCGAACGCGGGCUAUCAGAAAGCUACAGGUGUCACUUACAGAUUUUAGAAGGUUGUGUAUCUUCAAAGGUAUCUAUCCAAGAGAACCGAGAAACAAAAAGAAGGCUAACAAUGGAUCGACAGCUCCAGUGACUUUUUAUUAUGCAAAGGAUAUACAGUUUUUGAUGCACGAGCCCAUCAUUCAAAAAUUUAGAGAGCACAAGUCAUUUGCCAAGAAGCUAUCCAAAGCACUUGGUAAAGGAGAAGUUGGAGAUGCCAAGCGGUUGGAAGAGCAUCGUCCAAGAUACAAGUUGGAUAGAGUGAUUAAAGAGAGAUAUCCUUCAUUUCCAGAUGCAUUGAGGGAUCUGGACGAUGCUUUGAAUAUGCUUUUCCUUUUCAGUAGUAUGCGUUCUACCGAUAAGGUGCAUGCAAAAGUGAUUAGUCAAGCCACAAAGCUUACUAACGAAUGGAUGGCUUAUGUUGCUAGAGAGAGAUCUUUGAAGAAGGUUUUUGUUUCUAUUAAGGGUGUGUACUAUUCUGCCAAUAUUAAGGGUCAGGAGAUUAUCUGGACCGUUCCGUUCAAGUUCCCUCAAAACAUUCCUACGGAUAUUGAUUUCAAAGUGAUGGCAACUUUCUUAGAGUUCUACACUACUUUGUUACAUUUUGUUCUUUACAGACUUUACUCUGCAUCUGGAUUGGUGUAUCCACCAAGAAUUAAUGAGUCGAAGUUAAAGGGUAUUGGAGGAUUGUCUUCGUAUGUGCUCGAAGGAAGAAAAGAUGACAAUACGUUGUUCCCGGAGGUUGAAGGUAGCGAAGAGAAAGAGGCCAUCCUUUCUAAGGAGGAAAUAACCAACGCUAUUAAAGCAGAUGAGGACAAUCAAGAAGAAGAGGGAGAUUCUGAGGAGAUCGGAAAAGCUGACAGUAAUGCAGAUGGCGAAGACGUUGAAAAGAAACUUGAUGAAUUUGAAGACAAAAAUUCAAUCAAGGGUGAUGUUUUGGCUCAACCAAGUGAAUUUGAGAACGCUACGGCGACCUUGUUCUCCAAGUUUGUGUUUUAUGUGUCCAGGGAGGUUCCUAUUGACAUUCUUGAAUUUGUAGUUUUAGCAGCAGGAGGAAAAGUGAUUAGUGAAGCUGCAUUGGAUGAAAUUACAUUAAAUGGUGAUGUUAGGAAGAUAGAUUUGUCUUCUGUGACACAUCAAAUCGUUGAUAGGCCAAAGGUGGCGAAUAAAGUUCAGGGAAGGACAUAUAUUCAACCUCAAUGGGUAUUUGACUGUCUUAAUGAGGAAAGUCUAUUGAAUGUGUCUGAUUAUGCACCGGGAGAAACAUUACCACCUCAUCUUUCACCAUGGGGAGACUCUGGUUCGUACAAUCCUAUGGAAGAGGACAAAAAGGAUGCUGGAGAGGCUGGUGAAGAUGAAGAAAUUGAAGAAUCUGAAGAGUCUGAAGCUGAAGCUGAUGAAGAGGAAAGUACUGAAGUUUCUGCAAUUAUUGAUGAGGAUCUUAAGGCUCAAAAGGAACUUGAGAUGGAGGCUGCUGGUGUGAAGUACUCUGAUGUCAAAGAGAAAGAAGCUAAAAAGAAGUCCAAGAAGAGAAAGAUUGAGGGAGAAACAGAAGAAACAGAAGAAAAGAAGUUGAAGAUGAUUAUGAUGAGCAAUAAGCAGCGUAAACUUUACAAGAAGAUGCAGUACGGCAUUAACAAAGAUGAAGUGAGAAAGGGUGCACUCCAAAAGAAGAAGAGAAAGCUCCAAAAGGCUGAGUCAAAGCUUGCCAAGCUUAAAUAG